AUGAGCUUUCGAGAUAAAAUCAAUUUAUUCUUUAUUGAUCCUGAAAUGAUGCCUAUGUUUGUUCAGGAAAACUAUCUAAGUUGCUUUGGUCAAUCAACUAAAUAUGAAGAUUUAACGAGGCUAGCAUAAAGCUCAGAUUUUAUCUCACUUGGAGAUAGCAUAAAUAAUCAAAUAAGGUCUCAUUAGGAUUGGUCACUUUUGCCUAAUCUUGGAAUAAUGAGUAGUAUUGCGAUCGGUGUAUUAAAUCAAGGAUAUGUACCUUAUUGCAAAUUCCCAGAAUGGUUUGGAAAGAAUUCAACUACCAGGAAAUCUUAAAGAUUAGUGAGAGAAAUAAGGGAGAGAUGCGGUCAUCACUUAUACACAGUCAAAAAUGCUAUUUAGUUUGAGCAUGUCUCUCUAAUAUACGAAUUGAUAAUGUAAUAUCUAAAUACUGGUGGAUAAAAUUAAAUACAAACUGCUGUUGAAAUACUAGUAGAUCUGGGAAUGAAUGUAGAAUUUUUCAAAGAAAAUAUAGUUCAGAUAGUUCCUGAUCCUCAAAGAGCUGACAUGUUUAAUCAGCUAGCUGCAUAGAUCAAGACCUAAUUUACAAAAGCAUUUAAUCAAGCUUAUAAAAGUUCAAUCAAAGGGACAAAAAAAGGUAAAGCAAAGGAUACUUCUGGAAUACCAAGUGGUGCUAAUAAUGUUCUCAAUACAAACUUCGAUGCAGCAGAUGAUGUUGGAGGGACUUACACUGAUGAAGAUUCACAAAAUGGAAGUUAAGAUGAUGUAGAAAUUGAAGUAAUAGAGGAUAAGAAAGGUAAAUAGAAGUCUUAAAAAGAAAAAGAAAAGCAAAAGCAGAGUAAAAAUACCAAAGAUUCAUCAUAAGUUUUGGGAACUAGAUCUCGAGGUCGCGGAAGAGGUGCUGCUGCAUAAUAAAGUAAGGAAAAUGAAAGUGUUGGUUUUGCAACAGCAUCAAACAAAGAAAUAAAAAAGAGAGGAAGAGCUAAGAAAUGA